AUGGCACCUUACGAGGCACUGUACGGUAGAAAAAGUCGCACUCCUUUAUGUUGGACUGAGUUGGGCGAGCGACGUGUUCUGGGUCCUGAGUUGGUCUCUGAGACAAAGGAUAAGGGUCUCGCCAUGGAAAAGGUUCUAAGGUUUGGUCGCAAGCGCAAGUUGAGCCCUCGGUUUAUUGGACUUUACCUCAUUUUGAAACGUGUGAGGCUUGUCGCUUAUCAGUUGGAGUUACCUCCGGAGUUGGUCCGCAUUCAUGAUGUUUUUCACGUCUUGAUGUUGAGGCACUACUGCUCUGAUCCCACACAUGUUGUUUCUGUUGAGGAGAUUGAGGUUAGGCCAGACUUGACCUUUGAGGAGGAGCCGGUUCAGAUUUUGGAUCGUGAUGUAAAGGUCCUUCAGAAAAAGUCUAUUCUCUUAGCGAAGCUGAAAUGGUAA